AUGAAUCCAGUGACGAAAAUCGGCAUAGCGCUCAUCUUGACUUUAUCUUUCCUCUGCUUCGUGGAGGCUUUGAAAUGCUUCCAGUGCACUUUCUCCAACACUAAUGGGCCGUGUUUGCACCAAGAACCCCCCUGCAAGACCCAAAAAAAUAAAUUAUGUGUCUGGCAGGUAAAGUUUUCAGGUGGCAAGUUCCUGUAUGGGGUCCAGAAAUGUUCUGACAUAUGCACUAGUCGAGCCUUGAUCUUGGGAAAUAGUACAAAUAAAAUCAGAUGUUGCAAGGACAAAUCAUUGUGCAACAAGUCUUAG